AUGCCGUCAGGUCCAAAGAAGAGGAGAGCUGCCAAGAGGAGGAAUGAAAACGCAGUCAAUUUCAAAGACAACAAUGCAACAGACUUGGAAGAAAUCACUGGGAUAACCAGACAUGCUGUAGUUGAGGGCGAUAAUAGUUUAGUCAUUGAAACUGUAACUGUCAUUGAUUUGGCUGAGACAGUUGACACUAUCUCCAAAGGAACAGGACACAUUGACAAUGAAGCGGCUCGAGAAGAUGUUAAAUUGGGUUCGAAGGAAAAGGAAGGGGAAGUAUUGCCAUCCGUUGAUGAUAAGACUUUGGACUCACAAAUUGUGUCAGAGUUGAAGGAAAGUGAAGAAGCACUUCUAUCCAAAGACGAGGUUUGUAUGGAUAAUAUAUCAGCUCAAGCAGCAUUCAAGGAAAUCAAAGAACCUGUUUUUCCAGAAGAUCCUAUUUAUUCUUUUGUGGUUCAAGAUGCUUUAAAGGAUCAUGAAGAAGCUGUGUUAUAUGAAGAAGUGAUUCACGAAGAUUUUAAGGCAGCAGAAGAUGUUUUGCAGGAAAAUGAAGUAGUUAUUUCAUCGAAUGUGGUGGUUUAUCAUGAUAGUCUAAUAGCUAAAGAUGAUGACAAAUUCGUUUCCAAGGAUAUUGAGGAUAAUUUAUUAUUGACAUUCAAUGAGAACAUUUCAAAUUCUUCAUUCGUGAAGGCGUCAUCAUCGAAGGAAGAGGAAGAAAAAAAUUUACGACCUUUACUGGAUGAUGAUGCUGGGGCAUCUUCAAUUGUUAUAGGCUUUGUGCCUGAGGAAAAUGAGGACAACAUAUUACUGGAUGAUGAUACUGGGGCAUCUUCGAUUGUCAUAGGAUGUGUGUCUAAGGAAAAUGAGGACAACAUAUUGCAGACAGCUUUAAAGGUUGACAAAAGUAAUAGCACAGAAUAUGUCCUAGAUUCUGCGAGAACUGAUUGCCUGGAUUCUAUAACUUCUUCAACGCAAAUACACUAUGCAUGCCCACUGCAUUGCAAAUCUGAUUGCAGUUUGCAUCGAUGGGUUGGUGCAUUUCAUGGGGUUUCCAGUUGUGAAGAUGGAAAUGUUGGUGAUAAUGGAAAGACUCUAAAAAGUGUUGAAGUGCUAGAACGUGUCAAGAAGGCAGUUGAAGCUGAACUGUCUGUAACAGAUGAAGUUGGGUUGCUUCUUCGGAAAUUACUGGAUGAUCUGAAUGCAAUUCAACUUACACAAGGACAAUGA